GCCAUAUUGUAGUUUUAUUAAUGCCUUCGUCGCUACGCAUGCAGUGUUGUUUAACCACCAGUAAACAUUUUGCCGCGCGCUCUCUUCCUUUGAACAUUAAACAUAAUACAUAUGCGCGCGCUCUCACUACGCUGGACGCUCUUCGAUUUGUUUUACCCGGUCGCGCCAGUCCUGCUGCAUGUACAUAAUAUAUAUUUGUUUCUUGUUUUUUUUUUACAAAUUUUAUUUGUUAAUGUUCUUUGGUGGCUCUCAGCUCGUCAGCAAUGUCUCGCUUGUUCCAUGCCACAUGUGUGCGCCGCGCCUGUUCUCUGGUUGGUAGCUGCUUAACAGACAGGCUGUGGCGGUUUGCCUGCAUGCUUUCCUUUUUAUUUUUUCCUUAAAGUAUUAAUUUCUUUUUGUUUUUGUGUUUUUGUCUGUUAAAGAAAUACUAAAGUACAGUGUUCCAAAAUGUUUGUGCUACACUUUAGUCAUUGUAGUUGUCAUUGUUGUUUUUGUUGAUAUAAUUAUUGUUGCCUUUGCGCUGUAGAGUUGUUGCUGCAGCCGUCGCUGUCACUGUUGUUAAACUUCGACGCUAUUUCUUUGUCUUUUGGCCUUUUCUGUUAAAUGCAAAAAAGGAAUUCGCUACUCGCGUACGGAUUUUUCCAUAAAUUUGUUGCAGCAAGUUUUUGUCUUAAGUAUAUGUGCAAAAUAUGAAAUUUUCAUUUAAUAAGUAUUACGACGACGCAUAGAAAUAUUAGCGCUUCCGUAAGACUCCGUUAAGAGUUUGCACUUCCCUACAACCGAAAAUUCGAAACUUCUAAGUGAAAAGUGGUUUACUACGAAUAUAUAAACGACAAAUUUUACGUGGGACCAUUAAUAUCACACGGCAACAGCAUUAUUUCACCUCAAGCUAACGAAAGCCUGUACCUGAAUCUGCAAGCACGGUUUGCCUACCAACGGCACGGCCACAAUGAACGCGUCGCAGCGUCAGGAGUUUUGUGUGCGCUGGAACAGCCAUUUGGGUAGUAUUGGCGCCGCGUUUCCACAACUGUUGGCCGGUCAGCGUUUUGUUGAUGUCACCUUGGCCUGUGAGGGGCAUCAAGUGCAUUGCCAUCGGCUCGUUUUGGCGGCAUGUUCAUCCUAUUUUGAUAGUAUUUUGGCUGAGAAUCCAUGUAAACACCCAGUUAUCAUAUUGCCCAGUGAGAUCAAGUUGUGGGAGAUACAGGCGCUGGUCGACUUUAUGUACAAAGGUGAGGUGAAUGUCACACAAGCCGGUUUACCGCAACUAUUGCGUUGUGCCGAACAGUUGCGUAUACGCGGUCUGUAUGGUUCGGAUGCCGCAUUGAAUUUGAAUCAGUUGAAGGCGCUUACGAAUAAAGCGGCUGCGGCCGCUGCUGCAGCGACGCAACAACAACAGGCUGAUGGCAUUGAGACGGACACGGAUACCGCUACCAAUUCGACAACAACAACGACAGCAACAGCGGCCAGCGCGCUACAACAGUUGCAUGCUGGUGGUGGCAUGUCAGCGGCUAUGAUGGCACAAGAACUGCAACAACAACAGCAGCAGCAACAGCAACAAAAGUAUCAGCAACAACCCACAUUUAUGAUUAAAAAAGAGCCUGUACAACAGGACAUGGAACAAGAUCAGCAAAUGGAACAGCUGCAGCAACAGCAAAUGCUUCAACAACAACAACAGCAAAGCAACGGCACUAUGUCGCAUAACGCCAUGCAACAAAAUCACCUUGAACACCAACAACAACUGCUACAUCAGCAACAGCUACAACUGCAGGCACAGCAGCAACAACAACAACAACAGCAACGUAUGCCGCAAGCAACAUUGGCGCAUGUGGCCAACGCUGCUGCAGCCAUGGCCGCCGCUAGCGCCACGACAAAUUCAAAUGCCAACAGCGAGGAUGACGAUUCGGGCGAUGACUCCAAUUCCAAUCAGGCCUAUGAAGAGCUCAAUAAAUAUAGAGUGCAGCAAAAAAUGGCUGCCAAUAAUUUGAAAGCGACACAAGCGGCUGCCGCUACCGCUGCUGGUGCGCAUCUAGACUCCACCAUCGAAGAUGAUCACAACUACGUGGCGGCGCAUGAUGAGGAUAGCAGCUACUGCGCCAGCGCGGACACCGAACACGACAGCUCGGCUAAUGCAUCCCUGCUCAGCAUGCUAGCGGCACAGGCGAAUAGCGGCGCUGCAAAUGCCGGCGAAAUGGCCGGUUCGCUGAAACGUGUACGCCGCUCCGAAGCAUCAUUGGCACAGGCAGCCAAGUGCGUUUCCAAGGGACAAACCUUUCAAACGGUCAGCAACAUGUUCAACAUACCAGUAUCGACAAUACGCUUCUACAUGGCGCGCAAGGGUAUAUUGCCACGCCGGAAGCGUGGACGUGGCGCCUCAUCGGCUGUGAGUAGCGUUGGCGCCGGCAGUGGCGGCUUAAUGACUGCAACUGCGGCAGCAACUAUGGCGCAAGCGUUAUCACAAAUGAAGCGUGCCGAAAGUCCGAGUAGUGGCUUUCCGGCUCACCAGCUGGUGAGCGGUGCCAGUGUUGGUGGCAAGGCGCACAUUUAAUUCGUACAGCAACGAAGUUGAAUAGUAUAGCGGCACAUGUUAAACUUAUAAAGUUCAGCAGUAAGCAUUUCAAAAGCUCUCAACGGUUACGAGUGAGAUUAUACAACAAACAAACAAACAACUACACGUACACACCUAAGCGCCGUACAGUGAAUAUAUAAAAAAUAUACAUAACAAUACUCUUAUUAGCUAUAGAUGUAUGUGUAAGCAAGUAAAAUAUACCGCAAACGCCAAUUUACUUAAGUAAUUAUAUUAUAUGCAUAUAAAUUAAAUACAUAAAAAAGUUAAGUUGUACAAAGUAUAAUUUUAGUUUGCUACA